GAGAUGACGUUUAGCGGCUUUUGCAUCCAAGCUCUUCAUACUUUGGCCUUUUCUGGCCAUGAUUCUUCAUGUGUUCUCCCUAACACCAACAACUGCUUCCUUACAUGGACAAAGCAAGCGAAAGCAACAACAUGGUUUAACAAAGACAGAUUUUUCUUAUUUAUGAUGGAUUUUGAAACUUUACCCUGAAACAGUCAUGUGAAACAAGUGAUAACAUUGUAAGGAUGAGCGUUUGUGAUAUCUACGACAUUGAGACGCAAUCGGAGUGGCUUGGAAAAUAAGCCACGCCCACUUAUUGCCAGGCACACCAAAUCUAUGGAGCUGCAUCACUGCAUCCUAGAGGAACUCAACGUGUAUACUUGUUAAAUGCCUACUUCAUGAAGAAGUCAGCAGAAGUUAUCCCAUGAUGGACGAUUUGUUGAACAGGUUUAAGAGAGUCCUGGUUUUUUAUUGAUCUCUGUAAGUCUCUAUUCUGUUACAAUGAUUAUUUUAAUAAUAAGGACAGAGUCAGAUGACUAACUUAAAGUCUUUUUGCUGUCAAAUCUGUGUACAAGUGCAAUAUUCACAAUAAUUAUCUUAUAAACUUAGAGGUGAUGACUAACAGGUAUAAUGUUACCAUUGUUUUCCUUUGGCAAGUUAUUUGCUAUUUUUAUCUAAAUGUAAAAUCUCAGCAUUGGGGUUUGAUAGUGGUUCAGCUGUCAUGCACUUUUGUAAAUAAAUGUAUUUAAAAAAUCUGCCAUUUGUCUUUUAUUAGGCCUUGGAUGUCGUCUUGCUUUAUUUUACAGAUAGAUCGUGACAUGAUUACAAUGGACCCUAUGCAUUUGAAAAUGUGUAAAGGGUGACUGAUUUGUAGUUAUAUUAAAUUGCUGACACAAUUUUUCUCCAUAACUUUCAAUUUAUGGCUUCUCAGAGGUUGGCAAUUAAUAGGAAAAUCAUUUGGAGGCAGCAGAUAUUUAUAUAUAGUGUCAGCAGGGAAACCCCAUCAGCCUCUUUCUGAGAAACUGUCCUGGGUUCAUUCAUAAAAAAAACACGAUUCAUUGCUGCAGGUGUAAACAUAUCAAUACUUUCCGCGCUCCUCUCUUCAUUACUUACUAUUAAACUAUUGAAAUUCCCACAUAUCAGACCUAAAAGCAUCUUAAGUUUAGAAACCCAUUCAGGCAUAUGGAGAACCGUGUGUGUGCGCGCGCGCUGAAAUGUCUCAGGAAUAAAUGUAGAAUUUGUUUAGUUGUAUUUAUUUUAAAAGGCAUCCGUCUGAAAGGUUCGUGGUCCGGCCCCGUUGUGAAUCAAUGGGAUUUGACCUAUAGCUGAAGACUAAUUUAUUCAGCAUUCCUCCACCUUGAUGAUUAUAAAUAAGGACGGCAGUCAUUGUCUUCACUCUUGAGUUUGACUCGAAGACUCAACAGCUGAAAAGGACAUCUGAAGCUAUGAAAGGGUUGAAAACUCUUGCGGCGUACGCGCUCACGAUCCUACUUCUGUCCACGUUUGUGUCUCAUUCCUGGAGCGCGCCCAGGGGAAGCUUUCAGCGAAGGAAUUGGACGCCCCAAGCAAUGUUAUAUCUAAAGGGCACGCAGGGACGGCGCUUUGUAGCUGAGGACACGAAUGAAGGAGACUUGUUCGACACAAUUCGCUUGGAAUCACGCAGCCAGAACACAGAAAAUCUGAGCAUCUCCAAAGCAGCUGCAUUUCUCCUAAAUGUUCUCCAACAAGCCAGAGAUGAUAGUGAGCCGUACUAAAAGCCAGCUAAAUUAACAACAGAUUCAUCUUUGCAUUUAAAUUUUUGCAAGCCACGUGGAGUUAUACAUCCUCGGCUACAAGAACAUCUGUGUUAACGCUUCUGAAAGCUUUAUUGCACAUAAGUAGUUAUGUGGCUCUUAGUCAAUCUGUAAUUCAUUGGAACCGGUUGGGUUAUUCUACUGAUAAUCUAAGUACUUUAAAGAAUACAGCAAAGGCUUAUAGUAAGAUGUUUUCCAUUUCUAUUUGCUU